AUGGUGCCCUGGUCGUGGGGAGGGGGGGGAUUAUGGCAUGAUCAGUCAUGGCGUCAUCAGGUGGCAGGAACUGGGACACAUCGGGGCAGUCUUCAUUUACGAGGCCGACUCCCCUGCGAUCCAUAUACUUGCCCUCGAACAACCAUGAAUGGCAACUAG